AUGGAGCUGGCGGGGACCCUGCUGCUGCUGGCCCUGCUGGCCCUGCUGGCCCUGUGGGGCUGGCGGCCGCGGGGCCGGACCCUGCCGCCGGGGCCCCUAGCGCUGCCCGUCAUCGGCAACCUGCUGCAGCUGCGGGCCGCCGACACCUGCGAGGCGUUUCGCAAGCUCAGCGAGAAGUACGGCCCCGUGUUCAUGCUGCGCCUGGGCUCGGAGCCCACCGUGGUGCUCUUCGGCUACGACGUGGUGCGGGAGGUGCUGGUGAGCCGCAGCGAGGAGUUCACCGACCGCGGCCGCUUCCCCUCCUCCGAGAAGAUCGGCAAGGGCCUGGGACUCUUCAUGAGCAACGGGGAGACGUGGCUGCAGACCCGCCGCUUCGCCCUCUCCACCCUGCGGGACUUCGGCAUGGGCCGCCGCAGCAUCGAGGAGCAAGUGCAGGAGGAGACGGGGCUGCUGCUGCAGGAGCUGGCGGCGAGCAGAGGGCAGCCCCUGAACCCCGGGCUCCUGCUGAGCGCCGCCGUGGGCAACGCCAUCAGCCGCAUCCUCUUCGGCGAGCGCUUCAGCUACCGCGACCAGGAGUACCUGCACGUCCUCCGGCUGCUCGCGGAGAACUUCCACCUGGAGAGCUCUGUCGCCGGGCAGCUCUACAACAUGAUGCCCAGCAUCAUGGACCGCCUGCCCGGCCCCCACCAAACCUUCUUCCGGAACAGCUUCUUCGUCCAGGACUUCCUGGCCAGGAAGAUCGCGGAGCACGAGGCCACGGUGGCUUUCGACGCCCCCCGGGACUUCACGGACGCCUUCCUGCGCAAGAUCGAGCAGGAGAAGGGGAAGCCGGAGACGGUCUUCACGCGGGAGAACUUGAUAGUGACGCUGUUCGACAUGUUCCUGGCCGGGUCGGAGAGCACCAGCACCUCCAUCCGCUACUGCCUCAUGCUGCUGCUGGAGCACCCGGCCGUGGCAGCCAAGGUGCAGGAGGAGAUCGAGCGGGCGGUGGGGCGGGAGCGGGCGCCGGCGCUGCGGGACCGGGCGGCCUUGCCCUACACCGAGGCCGUCAUCCACGAGGCCCAGCGCUGCCUGGACUUGGUGCCCCUGGGCUUCGUCCGCACCGUGACGCAGGACACGCAGCUCCGCGGCUUCACCAUCCCCAAGGGCUGCACCAUCUACCCGGUGCUGAGCUCGGCGCUGCGCGACCCCCGGCAGUUCCGCAACCCCGAGGCCUUCGACCCCGGCCACUUCCUGGACGAGCACGGCGCCUUCAAGAAGAACGAAGCCUUCUUGCCCUUCUCGGCGGGGAAGCGCAUGUGCCUGGGGGAGAGCCUGGCGCGGACGCAGCUCUUCCUCUUCCUCACCGCCAUCCUGCAGCGCUUCCGGCUGCGGCGCCCGCCCGGCGCGGCCCCCGUGGACCUGCGCCCCGCCGUCAGCGGCAUCCUCAACAUGCCGCAGCCCGUGGAGCUCUGCUUCUGCCCGCGCUGAGGGGCCCCGGCGGAGGCCCCCGGCCCGCCGCCCGCUUGCGUCGGGAACUAAAGUGCAUUUUUUGCCCCUCG